GUGACAGUGGAGUUGGUGAAGGAUAUCCCCACAGCUGUGAUUUGACUAUAGGCAACAAAUAUGUAACUUAAAGUUAAAGUAUUUAAAACCAUUAUAGGAGGAUCAUUAUAUCGAUCCUACGGCAUGUAGUUCAGCGUGAAUCUACAUAGUUUAUCUUAUUCUCAAACAUGAAAGAAAACGACUUAACACUCAGUGUUAUUAUUCACUAGCAAGACGUUUGACAAAGUUUGGAACUUACGGGCUUCCGUCGCCAUAUUUGUUCUUGCAUAAUCAUAUUUAAAAUACUUUCCUUCCUGUCUUGAACAGUCUAGUCACAGCUAUCAGAAGAGUCUGUCUGCACACUUGCAGACCCAUGGCCACAGCGGUAGACCACCAGAAAGCGCACUGUCCACACUCUGUUUGAGUCUAUUGUUUUUCAUUAGUUGAAUAGCUAUUAUCUUUGAAGAUAUGGAGUCAACUUAAACGUUAGCUGUCUGAAGACCUGCCCUAUGUGUUGCGCUCGUAUAAGAGGCAGUCUUAAAUAGCUCGACGCUAGCUGAAUAGCUAACAUUAGCUAGCAAACAAAGCAAAAUCCAGCUAAUUGGAAUCUCUGGCAACAAAAGCUCUCAUCAGGGACGAAACUUUCUGACCAUGACUGCGAUGCGCGUGGAUGCCAAGGUGGUUAUGUUGGGAAAAGAAAGUGUUGGAAAAACCAGUCUUGUGGAGCGAUACGUCCACCACCGUUUUCUUGUCGGACCCUAUCAAAACACUAUUGGAGCUGCCUUUGUUGCCAAGCCAACCCAUGUAGGAGAUAAAGUUGUAACGCUAGGAAUAUGGGACACCGCAGGAUCAGAGCGCUAUGAAGCCAUGAGUAGGAUCUACUACCGAGGAGCCCGUGGAGCCGUCGUGUGCUAUGACCUUACAGACAGCAGUAGUUUUCAGCGGGCCAGGUUUUGGGUGAAGGAAUUACAAAAUUGUGAAGAGCACUGCAAAAUCUACUUGUGUGGCACUAAAAAUGACCUUAUUGAGGCGGACAGAGGGCUGCGACAGGUGGACUAUCACGACGUGCAGGACUUCGCUGAUGAAAUCGGGGCACAGCAUUUUGAGACAUCUAGCAAAACUGGAAGUAACGUGGAUGAGCUGUUCCAAAAGGUUGCUGAAGACUAUAACAGCUCGUCGUUUGAGGUCAUGCCUGAGGAGCAAGGGGUAGACCUUGGUCAGAAGAAGGACUCUUAUUUUUAUGCCUGCUGCCACUGACUGAUGCUCUUACGCCUGUGGCCAGCCAACUACUUCAGAGCCUUAUGCUCCCAAAGGGGAACUCUGUUCCCAGGUCUUACAAUCUGGGCAUCUUUUUAACGACACCAUCCAACACCAUCAACAACAAAAAUGCUGCCAUUUAUCGUUUUUGUGCCAAGCGGUACAGGGUGUCGUUCUGCCUUCUGUUUUAGUUUUUUUCUUCUUCUCCCUGAUCCAUUUUUUUUUUGGCAGGACAGGAACUCGGUGAUGGGGAAGAAUUUUGUAUUGUGCUGUGAGACAUCACCUCAGUGUUUUUUUUUUUGUUCUCCCUUCUUCUCCACCUCCUUCUUGGGGGCAAAGGUAUGGUGGAAGAAGGGCACUGGGGCAGAAGACGGCCCAGUGAUCCCAGUUGGAACACUGACCCUGUGUACUCUGACACCCUCUCCGGAGCCCUGCGCUUGUUACAGUGUGAGCACCUUCUGUCUGCUAAAGACUGUUCACUUCGCUCCUAUGGCCUUCGUUCUGCAGUUAGAAAUGCCUUCUGCUUCAGAUACAGAUAGUACCAUUUUUUUUUGCUAUUUUUGGUUUAAAAAUAAUUUCUUUUUGCAGUCUGUUUGGUUUCGUCGAUUGUUUGAACACUAUUUAUACAUUUUUUUUGUUGUUGUUUGUUCUGACCCUUGGAGGAUGACCAGUCCGAGAGUCAUUACAUGUGGAGUCUAGGUUACCGCUCGAUCACCUUAGCAACACCUGCUACUUCAGUGUUUUAUCAACUCAAGCUGUCUCAAAUACUACACCCACACAAAGAGAACCGUGAGCAGGAAUGUUCCCAUCCCAGAGAAAUGAGGAGACAACCCGAUCUCUCACCAAAAAAAAGGCUGUGUAGCUUUUAUUGAGUUAUACAAUGUCUUGUCAAGUGUACACAUUUUGCACACAGACCCUCUACCAAAUUGAUCUUGCACAGCAAAACACAGAACUAAAUGAGUGCUGAAUUUACGAAGAAUGUCGUGUUUAAUGUUUACAAUGUUUUUAGUGGUCUGUUUUUAUUUAAUUAUACUUUAAGUGUACAUUUGGAA